GGUCGACUACGCAUAGUAGUUCCUCUCCGGGCGGUUAGGUUCGCAAAAGACGUUCCCAUGCGGAUCACUCCCUCUCGUUUUCUCCCGAGAUUGAUUAAUUGGACAGCGUCCGACAUACACUGCGUAUAUUUUCAGUUCAAGCUCAGGGCCGGGGCCAAUCGGCUUUUCGGGCCGCGCCUCCGGUUUGGCUAGUCACCCCGCGAAGAACAACACCCAGGAAAUGCCAAAAUAUUCGACCUCUCAGUUUUUUUUAUAUUAUUACGAAAUUGGAGUGCAGCCGCAGCCUGUGGCAGAAUCCUAAGGCAAUGAGCAGCUAACUAAGCGCUGCGUCAGGAGGCAUAUUAAAGUCCUCAGGGACAUCCUUUUUGCCUCUCACAUGUCAAGAAAUAUGCCACCUUGGCGCACGACACAAGUACGGAGCCAAUCAGUCAUACAUUUAAAUCCAGCCUGAAGUUCGCAUAUGAACCAAGCAUUGAUUCUUUCUCCUAAGUUCUUAUCUCAGUACAGAUUGCGUUUGCCGAACUAGGUGCUGGCAAGAAUUUACUCUGCUACUGUACGGAAUGUCCGCCCGCUUCGACGUCUGCCUCUCUAAGCUCGAGCUCGAUUCUGGAUUACUAGCGUCUACUCCAUCUCUUUUCGUCUCGACGCAAUGUUUGCUAUGGCAGAUUGAGGAAUAAAUCCUGUUCUUCUGGCUAUAUGCGAUACUAUUUGUGACCAACACUUUCAUAUCCCUUUCUCGCCCCAGGACGCCAACCCCCCUUUUCAGCUCGCGUGGGAUUUCUUUACUGCCAAUGGUGCUGUAUCACCCUUCCCGGGCGAACAAUGCGUUAAUAUGCAGCCCACCCGCCAAUUAGCCGUCGAGGCUGAGAACCUAAGAUGCCGACUGCCUCUGUGAAAACUAAUAGUUGUUUCAAGUUGCAGCCAUAGUUGCAGGGAGACCCUGGGUCAAGCGGUGACUGCUUAGAAAAGGAGAAAUUUGUGUUCUAAAGCUCCAAGAAGAAAUUUUUGAAUAUGGCGUUUGUAAUAUCUGAGCCUUGAGGCUGGUAGUUACGCGUUAGAGUGCAGAUCAGCAGCUGAACAUCUGCGGAGGCGGUCAAUACAUGGCUCAUAUCCUAACGAUGCUAAUUAUUAAAGAUGAUGAUGCACCAGCCACCGUGUGGGUUCAUUUAAGGGUUUGCUAUUCCUCGCCGUCCGAUCAGACGAACCACAGCCUUGCACAUCACCACCCCAAAUUGAACACACUAGCUGGGAUUAUGGAAGCCCGCUAGAAACACCCUUCCCUUCCAGUUAGCCAAUUAGCAACGGCGGCUCAACGAACCGACGCAGAUGACCUCGAGCGCCAAGGUAUCAUUGUGCCCGACAUGUCUUUUUCCCACCCUCCAUGUCAAACGAACAACAGGCCAUUCGCUGGUAUUCAGCCGCCUUCGAAUUCUCCUGAUGGCACUUUCUAGUGCGUCUUUUAUGGAGACUGUUCUUGUCAGUUUUCUCACCGAGAAGUUAGGGAGCUCGGGGACACAGGUUGCUGCUGAAGCUCAUGCAAUAUGUAGUCGCAAAAAAAGACCGAGUCACUGCCUAAGUUUUUGAUAUAAACUGGCAUUUCGUGGCGUGUUUGAGGUAUUUUGCCCCUUCGAUUUUCAAGGUUCAGUACAGGCGUCUCAUAUUCACUUUUCGACCAUAGAUUAUCUUAUUUCCGGCUUUAUGACGUGAAUUGUUACUCGACCUCGAAUAGACUACCGUCAAAUUGCUGUCACCCUGAAGUCGAUGAAGAAAAAGAAAGGAGAAAAAAGCCCAACCCUGCAUGUGAGAGAACCAAGGUUUACCCCGACCGGAAUGAGCUUUGCAAUUAACCCCGGCUUUGAAAGUAAUUUCUUUUCUUUUUUUUUUUCCUGCUUGACAGAAAACCCAGGCUGGAAAAUCUCAAUAUCGCUGAGUUUGGGCGGCGGAAAACGGGGCGACUCCAACAAUCCAAUAAUACGAAGUUUCUAUCUUUUCAACACCCUUUUCCCAAGCUGCCCAUCGACGGGUACUAACUUUAGUAUGGCAUCGCUGGUGCUAUCCCAGCAUUUUAACGCGUUGCAUAUCAGUUUUGAGGAGGCUCAGCAGAGGAUACCCCGGCUCUCCAGGAAGGCAUGGCCGGCCAGGGAGACACUCUAAUAAGCACUUCACUAUCAAUGGAUGAGCACUUUGGCCAAUACUAGACCUCGUUGUUCAAGUGAGGCGAGUGCUCUCACGCAAAAUUAACAUACAUUUAGUAGAGGCCUCGAUAAACGACCGGGAUAAUUCAUCAAGCUAGCCUUCUUCCGUCUUUACGCUAGCGCAAUGAGAAGGUAGCGGCACUCUGAGAGCCUACCCCAGGCUCGAUGCCCGGUCCCAAGUUGCCGCGGAACAAGGAUAUGCCUUGGGCUCCAAAUUCAAAGCGAUCGGGCCUCCCGAAGACUGAGUACAUAUAAGAGCUAUUUUCCUCUCAGGAAGAGACGCAUGGAAGUACCUUUCUUCAGGUUAACCAUCGAAUUAACAAGGAACCCUCCCUGGUUCUGUUCACUUGGCCUACCUUUCCUUCAUUUUCCAGAUGAUCCUGCCUAUUGGUCUGUCCGAUACGUAUUUGUGUAUCAAGUGUCAAGUUUUAUUGUUCCUUGCUUUUUAGGUCGUUUAUAUACAUAACUUUAUCUUAUCUAGUACUUUCUUUUCCUCUCUGUGUAUUUUGAUAUCGACCCUCCUCAUAGUCAUUCACAGUCCCUCAAUAGUACCACUAGGUGUAAUAUCGCCUGUUGUUUGAGCUUUAUACGGACAAUUCUAGUACCUGUCGCCUCCUCCACUCCUUGUGCCUCCCCUCACCUCCAUUAACAUGACUACGCCAGCCUCCAUGGACAGGAUACUGCAACAGGAUGAGGUUCCCCCCGUGCACACAGCAAACCGCCCACCGCAGCUCAAUCCGACAGUCACGGGUCCUCAGUCUCGCUGCGACCCCCGUUCUUCUUUCUCCGACGACGACCAAGCAGAGGCUGACUUCGAGAUCAUCGAAGUUACCUCGGCCUCUGAAAAUGGCGGGAACGAUGAAUUGGCCUACAGCUCAUCAACCUUCAGUGACAUCGACGAUAUCGAGAGCCCCAACCCUUACCUAUUUUACGUUCUGCCUCUGAUGGAGGAACACGAUAACGAGGAAGAUGUCUUCUUGCUGGUCAUCCCAUAUUGGUGUGAUGAGCAACCCGGCUUGUCACACCUUCUCGAUGAGGAUCGGGUAUAUCCCUGGACCCCCGCCAACCCAGAUCCCACCGAUUCUGCGAGCCACGAUGAUACGGAUACUGAAGGCAACUAUAGCGUGCCGUCCAGCAGGGUGAAUUCCGCAAUCUUAAAUCCAUUUGAUUUUGCCGCCCAUCGGGAUGUUUCGGGUGAAGAUAGGAUAUGGUCGAUGUCAAUGUCCAUCAUGUCCUCGUCAUCAAGCAGCUCUUCGGGUAUGAAUUGCAGUGGAUGGAGCGAGUCGGCGAGCAUUUUUGUUAGGUACGCCGAGAGCCAUCUCGACGAUAUGGUGGAUGGGCGUAUAGGACGCUCCCCAGAGAGACUUGCUACCAUCUAGUGAUAUGGAAGAAACUUUUACGAGUAAACGUCGGAAGGUUAGUGAGGGAGAAUAAAGGAGGUCGCAUCCAUACCUUUAUACAAGCGAUGCAAGCUCCCUACUACUCACAUUCAUCUAAAUAUCUCCUAAACCUCUCGCCUGUCCUUCAUGGCUCGAUGCAGCGCCACCUUUUUUUUUUCUUUUUUUUUUUUUUUUUUUCCUCGCUGUCCCGUCUCUCUAUUUUCCAGUUUCCAGCUCUUCGUACCUUCCUCUUUAUUAUACCCCCUUUUCAUUUUGUCUUUUUAUUAUAUUCAACAUCUAUCGAAAUAUUUGCGAAGCGGAACGGAGUACAACCAUGGGCGGCAUUUUGUUCAACUCUUUUUAUAUAUUUUUUGUGCGUAUGAUUUAUAUGCUGGCUCUUGGAUAAGGAGGGUACUCAUCAUCAGGGAAUAUGGAUGGCAUUUAUGUUCGCGGCGUGUCAUCUUGUAUUAUCUAUGGGCAUUCAGCAUGUACAGCGUUUGGGAUUUGGGCAUGUUUUUUUCUUUUUUUUUUUUUUUUUUUUUUGACUGAUAUUUCCUUAUUUCACUUUAUUUCUUUUAUUUCAUUAAAUGUUUACUUUUUCCUAUUAUGUCUUUUUCUGACGUUAUACCUACAUCACAUCAGACCCUGUCUGGCAUGUCAUGAUUCAAUGGCCUGUGUUCUUCUUGUAUGUAUAUACCCCAUUUUCGGUUAUCUUUAGCUACUUGUAUGGAUUAUUCUUUAUGUAUCUAUUAUCAAUGUUAUUGCAAUGAAUUGUCCAUGUCUUUUUGUCCGAUGCGUUUUGCUUCGACCCUUAUCAUUUGUAUGUAAAUAGAUUGCCAAAUAAAGAAUAACCGGGGGACCAUAUCCUCCGUCAUUUUGUCCCCUUUCC